UUUCUAUUAAUUUCUAUCGAGAUCUAAAAUUGAUCUUCUCCCAAAAUUUUGCAGAUUGUCAUCUUCAACAAACUCAAUCAAGUUAGAGUUUACAUUGAUUUUCUUCUAAGAUGUCCACAGAGCAGGUUUCUAAUGUUAGAUUAAGGGCGGGGGUUUCAAAGCAACCCACACAAAAAGAUGAUUUAGCGACGGAAAGUAGCACUCCAGCUUCAAGCGGCGGAAUGGUGGUUAAUGGUCAGCCAGCGAUGCCUUCGUCCCCGUCGAGACGGCCGUCUUUCUCCCAACGAGCAAUAUCUCAGACUCUAACUGGCACGGCGAACCUCGCUAACCUCCUUCCGACGGGGACCCUCCUGGCCUUCCAGAUCCUCAUGCCAAUCUUCACCAGGAACGGCGCCUGCGACUCCGCCACGCGCCCGAUGACCCUCGUGCUCCUCCUCCUCCUCGCCAUCUCAUGCUGCCUCGCUUCCUUCACCGACAGCGUGAAAGCCUCCGACGGUCAGGUGUAUUACGGGUUCGUGACGUUUAAGGGGAUGUACUUGUUUGACUCUCCCGACCCGACCGGGUUGGGUUUGCCAGACUUGACCACGUACAAAAUCAGGUUGAUUGAUUGGGUGCAUGCGGUGCUGUCGGUGUUAGUGUUUGGGGCCGUGGCGUUGAGAGAUAGAAAUGUCGUGAGCUGCUUUUAUCCGUCGCCGGAGAAGGAGAUAAAGGAGGUUUUGGAUAUUGUUCCAGUGGGGAUUGGGCUGAUUUGCAGCUUGUUGGGAUGUACUUGUUUGACUAUCCCGACCCGACCGGGUCGGGUUUGCCAGACUUGACCAAGUACAAAAUCAGGUUCAUUGAUGGGGUUCAUGCGGUGCUGUCGGUGUUAGUGUUUGGGGCCGUGGCGUUGAGAGAUAGAAAUGUUGUGAGCUGCUUUUAUCCGUCGCCGGAGAAGGAGAUAAAGGAGGUUUUGGAUAUUGUUCCAGUGGGGAUUGGGCUGAUUUGCAGCUUGUUGUUCAUGGUGUUUCCGACCCGACGACAUGGGAUCGGGUACCCUGUUACACCUGGCAAAUAAUUGAAAUAACAUUUUUUCAAUUUUUUACUUUUUUUUCUUCUGUACUCCAUUACACCUGUCAAAAAUUGAAAUAAUUGUUUUUUCAAUUAUUUACUUUUUUUUUUCUGUACUCCAUUACUCCUAUAGCUUAAAUUUAUUUAC